ACUUUCUUACGUUUUUUGUUAGAAUGUCGUCGUCCGAAGUGCCAAAGUUCACGCUGGACAAGCCGAGGUACGACCAGUCGGCGUUCAGCGGACGCGUUCGCCACUUCUUUGACCUCGUUGAUCCAAUGCUGCUGCUUACGUCCGACGCCAAGCUCAAGGAGUCUGUCGACCUGCUCGCUGCGUUCAAGGCUGGCAAGAUCAACCCGGGACAGCCCGGACAAGUCACCGACGCGCAGAUGUGGGAGGCCCGCAGGAUCAAGGAGGCCAUUCUGCACCCAGACACGAACGAGCCCAUCCCCGCAGUGUUCCGGAUGAGUGCGUUCGUCCCGGCGAACGUCCCAAUCAUUGCUGGCAUGCUCAUGUCGCCUCCGACGGUGCUCAACACGGUCAUGUGGCAAUGGAUCAACCAGACAUUCAAUGCUGGUUUCAACUACAGCAACCGAAACGCCAACGCGCCCCAGUCCACUGCCGAGAUUGCCACGGCGUACGGCGCUGCGUCUGCCAUCUCGGUGGGCACGGCUGUUGGUCUGGGCGAGCUCGUCAAGCGCGCGACCAACUUGCCUCCCGCCGUGCGCGGCGUUGUUCGCACCGUCGUGCCGUUCGUUGCCGUCGCCUCAGCUGGUGUUGCCAACAUGUACCUCAUGCGCCGCGGCGAGGCCGAGACGGGCAUCGAUGUGCGCGACAGCGAGGGCAACCUCGUGGGCCGCUCCCAGGAGGCCGGCAAGAUUUGCCUGAAGCAGGUCGCCGUCACGCGCGUCCUCCUUCCCGUACCCAUCCUCAUUCUCCCGCCCGUGAUUAUGAGCGGCCUCAACCGUACCGCCUUCCUCAAGAGCAACCCGCGUGUCCGCAUGGCCGUCGAGGUCGGCGUCAUUGCUGGCGCCAUCUGGGGUGCCUUGCCCCUUGCCAUUGCCACCUUCCCUCAGGUCAUGCCGGUGGAGACGUCCAAGCUCGAGACCCGCUUCCACCAAAUGCGCACACCCAAGGGCGAUCCCAUCACAACUCUCUAUUACAACAAGGGUGUGUAAGACACAGCUGCCUGUUUUUCUGUAGUCCCAACAACUUCCAAUAAAAGCAUCGAGUACCAACAACCA